GUCCGUUCGAGAGGCACGUCUUCCUGGCACUAUGCGGAUACUGUACUUGUUCUUCGCCCUUUUAUCAAUCGUCUUUGUUAAGGGCUCUGAGAAGACAUCAGAAGAGAAUGAAUCCCAGUCGCUCCUCUGGGGCACUUAUCGGCCGAACCUCUAUUUCGGAAUGCGCCCGAGGCUACCGAAGUCCCUGAUGACGGGGUUGAUGUGGUAUGGCGUGCAACACUUGACGGCAUUCACCAGUCUUCGACAUUCCUGUGAACAAGGAGACAACCUUCGGGGCUACACUUGGACGGAACACGAUCCUCGGGAUGGCGGCGUCGAGGUUGUGCGUGAUGAGCUCAAUAAUCUUGAUCUACGUGUGGAGUGGUUGAAGACACACGAGGGAAAGCAUGGGGGAAGUUGGUCCGUAAGGAUAUCUGGAAAGCCGCUGGAUACUUCCAGGCCAUCGUUGAAUUCCCUCAUAUUCUAUGCAGGAUUAGAAGGAUUUGGAGGGCUUGAAAUGGAUCAAAGACAGCUUUCUCAAGUGCCCGAGGGUCCUCUCGCGCUGACUGGGCGUACUCCAGAGCUUGGAGAAUUCAAGAUGAAGUUUGAAAACGGGCCCGAAAGUAGAUACGUGACACGAGGUCGUCGAUGGGAGGAUUUCGUCGCCGUAUCUUCCCGCACACAUGUUGCUGGUAUGGUCGUUGCCGAUGGUACUAUUUGGCAAGCUGAGGAUCUUGUAUCAAGAGCGCUCAUGGCUCAUGCUGAACCGCUUGUCACCAAGUACGGCGGAAAGGAGGCACCGGAUGAACUUCCUGACGCUGCCUUCCUGCUGAUGCUGGACGACCACAUCGCACGAGGAAGUAACUUUUAUGCAAUACAGAAGAUCUUCGACGGACCCUUUUCUUUUGAUGUUCACUACGAAACUGCCGAUUCCAAGCAGACUUUUGAUCGGAAAACAUUUACAACCAGCUUAGCUGCAUUCAAAGAAUCAUUUGACACGCGGUUCAAGGAUGUGUUCCCGAUCCCGAAAGAUGCUACCCCUGGACUUUUCGAAUUCUCCAAAGCCAUAACAUCCAAUUUGUUGGGAGGGAUUGGUUACUUCUAUGGAACAUCCAUCGUGGAUCGAUCCGUUAUUCAUGAAUGGGAUGAAGAGGACUCAGUCGAUACUACUAAGCCAUCCGGGGGUGGACCGGAACUGGCUGGACCUACACAGCUACUUACCGCGACGCCCAGUCGCAGCUUCUUCCCGCGAGGAUUCUACUGGGACGAGGGCUUUCAUCUGUUACACAUCGGCGAAUGGGACAACGACUUGAGCUUAGAGAUACUCCGUGAUUGGAUGAAGCUCGUUGAUGAGGAUGGCUGGGUCGGGCGUGAGCAGAUCUUGGGAGAAGAAGCACGGAGCAAGGUUCCAAAGGAAUUCCAGACACAAUAUCCUACCUAUGCCAAUCCACCAACAUUGGCCAUGGCAGUGACUGCAUUUAUCCAGAGACUAAAGCAGAUCGACGAUCCGGCAGAUAUGGAAACACUGGGGCUGGGCGGUGCACAGCUUCCGUUGAUUCAAAGGCCUGAAGCAGAGCACGGCAACGCUUUACUACGGGAUCCAGAGGCUGCUCGUGCUUACCUGCACUCGAUAUAUCCCACUCUUCGCCGCCAUUAUCUUUGGUUUAGGCGUACACAGAAAGGCCAAAUCAAGCAAUGGGGUCGGAAAGCCUCGUCUCGAACCGAGGCUUACCGGUGGAGAGGCCGUACGCCUGAUCACGUCCUCACCAGUGGCCUGGACGACUACCCUCGUGCGAGGCCGCCCCAUGUUGGCGAGCUGCAUCUGGAUCUGAUCAGCUGGAUGGGCUUCUUCUCGAGGACGAUGAAGCAGAUUGCAGGCUAUAUUGGUCAAGAUGAAGAUGAGGCGGAGUAUGCAGCCAUCGAGGAAGCCAUCAUCACUAAUAUCGAUGAUCUUCAUUGGAACAAAGAAGAGAAGAUGUAUUGCGAUGCCAGUGUGAACGAAGAAGACGAUUCAUAUCAUGUUUGUCAUCGAGGAUAUAUAUCUCUGUUCCCGCUCCUGCUCGGACUUUUGCCGCCUGAUUCGCCCCAUCUUGGGUCCGUCCUCGAACUUAUGCACGACCGACAGCAUCUGUGGUCGCCUUAUGGUAUUCGCAGCUUAUCUGCGUCUCACCCUCUUUUCGGAAAGGAUGAAGAUUAUUGGAGAGGAGCGAUAUGGAUGCAGAUGAAUUACAUGGCCCUCGCUUCACUCAAGAACAUCUAUACACAGCAACCUGGACCAUAUCAGAAACUCGCUCAUCAGAUCUAUUCAGACUUGCGGCACAAUAUCAUAAAGAAUACCCACAAAGAAUUCGAACGUACAGGUUACGUAUGGGAGCAAUAUGACGCAAGCACCGGGGAGGGCCGCAGAAGUCACCCAUUCACUGGAUGGACUUCAUUGGUAACUCUGAUCAUCUCCGAAAAAUACCCUGGAUUUUGAUCGGGGGCGGCAUUACUGUAACGAGCAUGUAUACUGCCAAAUUAAUGCAUUGUGACGAGUGUGAGGUGA